AUGAGCUCAUCRGAAGAAGAGCAAGACUCCACAUCCYCACGUUCUCCUUCUCYAGCCCUAUCACUAGAGGAACAGGACCAGGACCCUUCCCCACCGGCACUAGAUGGUCUAGUUCUGUACUUUGUUGCCGCCAAGCGAUCCCUCACCUCUACCUCUCACGUCUACAGAGCGAAUGAGCUAGUCACUCAUUCACGCUCACUGGUUGAGGAGAUUGCUCUACUCAAUGCCAAGAAUAGCUAUGCUCGUAGAGCCUUGUCCGAACAGGUCGGGACCUUGAAGGCUGCCCGGGAUACCAUCAUCGACGAAGAUGAGCGGAUUGCCACGGACUUUGAAGGGAAAGUUCUAAAGCUCGACGCGGCUCAUGAUAGGUUGAGUAAAACGUUGGAUGGACUGAGAAAUACCAUCGUUGCUGCCCAGGCCUCCUCUCCCCACCGAGAAGGGUUUCAAAGUAAGACCCUUCACGACUUCAUUCAGGUUGAGAAGCAUGAAGCACUCAUCGACUCUAUCCGCCAGGGGAUAGAUGUCUAUCACGAGCGCCGGGGACGGGACUCCCAGGUUCCUCUCGAAGACUUCGCCGCCAGACUCAAAACCAUCACCACAGCACUCUCGACUCCCGAGUCGGCGUCAGAGACUGCGGACGACAGUCUUCGGCUGAAACCCAACACGAUAUACUCACACAAAUCAGCAGGAUCUGGCGACAACAUACCCGCUCUCUUCCAAACUUUGACUUCUCAUGCACAAACUCUGGCUACCUUGCUAAGCCAACUGGUGAAUCAUUACGAUCUCUGCGUUUCAGCACUCAAGCAUACCGAAGGAGGAGGUGAAGCAGCACGUCUAGCUCUUGAUGAUGGGCAGACUGCAGCUGAUGACAGUCUCUACGCCGCCCGUUUUGUGCCCAUGGAUCGCGAAGAGAGGGAUGCCAUGCUCAAGGUCCUGGUUGGAGACGCAGGAGAGGUUGAAGACGUGGUCUCAGAGAUGGCAGAACUCGGUCGGGCCAUGGAAGAAUCACACGAUGAGCUUGUCGCCCUGGCGGAAAGAUCCAGAUCAGAACACCGGUUGAUCCAGAAGGUUCACAAGGGGUUGAAGAAUCUUCGCAUGACUACACUCCCGGCGCUGCUCCAGAUGGCCGCUCACUUCUAUCGUACAUUCUACUCUGAACUGGAGGCACAAUUGCAGGAGGACACCGCGGCCCUGCUGGAUUUGGUACAAUUUUACGAGCAGUUUCAACGAGGGUAUGCUGCGCUUCUGAAGGAGGUGAGAAGGAGGGAGGAUGUUCAUCGGAGGGCCGUGACGGUGGCUGAGAAGGCGCAGAGAGAGCUGAACAGGCUGUUUGAGCAAGACCAAGAAGCGAGAGAAGCAUUCAUAGAGGAUGUGGGUGACUUCAUCCCCAGGGAAUUAGGUGUGAGGUUUGGCAUGGAUGAGAAAGGGGUGCGAUUCGUCGUUGGAGAGGGAGAAUGA